CCCCCAGAGAAGGCAGAAGGAAGAGGGAUUCUCUCCGCCCGCCCUCCUUCGCCAGCACUGGUCCAAUCUUUUUCACCCCCUCCCCCCGCAAUGAGGGAGGGGAGUGGAAAGCGGUGGAGGAGGAAGGGGGGCAGACUCGAGUAAGCGGAGCGAGAAGCAGUGAGGCGCCGGGGAGAGUGGAGGAGACGAUGCCUCGGCUCCUCGGGAAAACUGGACUCCUCCUCCGCUUUGUCCUGCUCACGCAGCUGCUCCCUGCCGGGAGGGCUCUGCCCCUGGGAAAGCUCCGAGGACCCGAAUCCGGACCCCCGGGGCCCGGGGACCGCAGCCACCCGGAGCCAGCGGAGGUUCCUACCUCACCUAGUCCCAUGUUACCCCCAGAAGAGGAAGCGCCAUUGUCCUCCCAGACCAGGAACCGAGCUGGGCUACGACAACAUAAGCACCGUGGCAUAUCCCAGUUUGUGACUCCAACCCAUCAAGGCCUAAGGGAUGUUGAACCCCCUACUACACAGGAAGCUUCUCCCUUCCUAUUGGAACUGCAGAGCCUUCCAGGAUUGGCUGAUGUAGAUCUCAGUGCCCAAAACCCCAACAUCCAGGUGACCAUUGAGGUGGUAGAUGACCUGCAGGCUGAGAUGGAGAUGGACUUGUUGACAGAAACCAGUGAUUACUGGUCGUUGGGCUCCCCCAGCUGGCUCCCUGCCAAAGAGCUCUUCUGGCCUCUGUUCUGGGGCUAUACAGAGGGUGAGGAGGGAGGAUCUGGGCCCCAGCCUGAGGGGAAAGCCCUCAGAGAGGAAGCGGGAAAGGAGGACAGUGAGGAAGACUAUGGCACAGAAUAUGAGGAGGAAGAGGAGGAAGACGAAGAGCCCGUGCUGAGUGGAGUGGGAAGCAGCUGGAAUCAGAGGUGGCCAAUGCCAAAGACCUGGGAUUUCAUGGAGAAAUAUAACUAUGAUUAUGAGGUGGAAGAAGAAUGGAGCCCCUGGUCCUCUUGCAGUGUCACCUGCAGCAGCGGUACCCAGAAAAGGACCCGCUCCUGUGGCUAUGCUUGCACAGCCACAGAGUCUCGAAUGUGUGAAUUGCCUCGAUGCCCUGGAACAGAAAGCAAGAUGGACUUUCCCAGUGAAGAUUGGUUGCCUGAAGUGCACAAUGACACUCAAAUGCUGGGCUCAGAUGUAGAUAGCUGUGAAAAGUGGCUGAACUGCAAGAGUGACUUCCUGGCUAAAUACAUGAGCAAGAUGCUGACCGACCUGCCCAGCUGCCCCUGUGCUUACCCUCUGGAGGCCGUGUACAGUGCUGUGAGCCUUCCAGAUGAGCAACAAGGCAGAAGCUUCCGCUGGAGGGAUGCGAGCGGCCCCAAGGAGCGCCUGGACGUCUAUCAGCCAACUGCCCGCUUCUGCCUGCGCUCCCUCCUCUCUUUGGACAGUACCACGCUGGCUGCCCAGCACUGCUGCUAUGAUGAGGGCAGCCGGCUGCUGACUCGGGGUAAGGGGGCUGGCGCCCCGGACCUCAUCAGCACAGACUUCUCCCCAGAGCUGCACUUCAAGGUGGACACACUGCCUUGGAUCCUGUGCAAAGGGGACUGGAGUCGCUACCAUGCAGCGCGGCCCCCAAACAACGGGCGAGCCUGUGCUGACAACCCACCCGAGGAGGAAUACCUGGCUCAGCUGCAGGAGGCCAAAGAGUAUUAACCAAAGAAUCAGGGAGGCCCAAAUGUGGAGGAUGGAAUGGAGGCUUGGCUUUGUCUCUGGUGGCUGGGCCAGAGCAAUGAGUGGGGUCCUGAUGGCUGCUCCCUAGGAAUAUCUGGAAAAGGGCAGGGUAAGAACACCUCAUAAUUGGGGUAUCUGUACCAAGCUGCUCAAUGGGGGAGGGUUUUUCUGGGCGUCUCUGACCCUUGCACAUUUUCUCCCAGUUUAGUGGAGUGAGAAGUCCCCUUUCUUGUUUGUAAUAUGAAAGCUGGAGUGUGUGUGUGUGUGUGUGUGUAAGACAGAGUAAAUGAAAGGUUGGUCUUAGAUGAGCAUAUCUUUGGAUUCAGGGUGGAGAGAAGAAAAGCAUGUCAUUCAGAAAGCCCUUAAUAGCCCUGUGAAUUCAACUCUCCCAUCCCCAGUCUCUCUCUCUCGCCCCACUACAAGGAGACUGUUGUCCUCUCAGUCCCCGGUUUCUGUGCCCUAUCAUCCUGGUUCGGAUACAAGCUUUGGUACAGCCAUCCGGCUAACCUCCAGUAUCUUGGAGAGAGAAAGGUUGGGAACUUAAGAUUUGCUGAAUGGAUCUUAGGACAGGCUCAGGUGAGCUAGAGAAAAGCACCUUCAUCUCCAGUGACCCUGAGGAGCUGGGGAAUCAGGGAGGGCCAGGAGGACUGGUAACUGGAGGACUCCAUCCCUGUCUGCCCUGUGUCUUCUCUCUCUCCUUUUUGAGGUGUCUGAGCAAAUAGGCCUGGUGAAUAAUAUUGCCAUGGCCAAGCAUCUCUGGGACAGUUACUUUGGGUGUGGCCGGCUCUGUGUUAGGGGCACAUACCUCAUUCACUCUUCCACCUCUCCCCAAGAGUCUGGCUGGGUAGCAGUGCCAUUGCCUUCCCAUAGACCAAACACUUACAACUGGUGUUUGGGGGUAAUGUUGGGUGGGCAUCUGAGCAGGCGGAGUGAUGCAAGAUGCCAGACAUCAUCCGUCAGUGCUUAGAAUAUAUUCAUCAACUGCCCACUUGUAUCAAUAGUUCCUGCAUCAGAGCAGUCCUACAAAGACAUUAAGGAUUGAAGCAGAUGUCCUUGACGUGCUGAGAGGAAGAAAUUUGAUAAGAAUUAUGUUGAUUAGGUUAGGGCUUAGGAGAAUGGAAACCAAACAGGAAAGAAGAAGAGAAAGUUCAUGCGGAUCCCAACCCUUGCUGCCCAUCCUACUGAUAUAUCCCACUCCCCCAAUGGAAAUGUGAAGGCUGAGUGAGGAUGUGAUUUGAUGUCAGAACAGGGCAGGACCGAAGAAGGGUAGAUCUUACAGCUACAAAAUCUGGGAUGGGGGCUAUAGCUGAUGUGGAAUGGUAUAAGAAUCUCUACGCAUACCUAUCCCCCUCCCACACCCAGGAGACUUUCAUGUCCAGUUAUCUUACUCCAGCUUUUGGUGCCCUUUUUUUCCAUCCUGGAUUACAAUAUCUUAUUAGGGGUUAACUCGCUUUAGUUCCAGCUGUCAUUUGUCACCAAGUUCUUUGGAAGGUUGGAAAGAGGGCAAAGGAGAUCAAUGAGCUGCAAUGGGAUCUUUGUGGAUCUUCAGCAAUAAAGCACUUUA